CUGUGCUCUCCCUCCAGGUCUGGGAUGUCGAGAGUGGCCCUGCUGAGCCCCCAACCAGCACCAUGAUCCUUUGGGAAUGCUGGGGCUGAGGGCUCCAAGCCCCAGGAAGGACGAUGCUCCAGCCCAGCAACUACAGCCUGGUGCUGUUUCUGCAGUUCCUGCUGCUUUCCUAUGACCUCUUUGUGAAUUCCUUCUCAGAGCUGCUCCGCACGGCUCCGGCUGUGCAGCUUGUCCUCUUCAUCAUCCAGGACAUCGCCAUCGUCUUCAAUGUCAUCAUCGUCUUCCUCAUGUUCUUCAACACCUACGUUUUCCAGGCGGGAUUGGUCAACCUCCUCUUCCAUAAAUUCAAGGGAACCAUCCUGCUCUCUGCUGCCUACCUGGCGCUCAGCAUCUCCUUCCACGUCUGGAUUAUGAACCUGCGCUGGCGUGACUCCGGCCGCUUCAUCUGGACUGAAGGCCUCCAGACCCUGUUCGUUUUCCAGAGGCUGGCGGCAGUGCUCUACUGCUACUUCUACAAGCGGACAGCUGUGCACCUGGGAGACCCCCUCUUCUACCAGGAUUCACUCUGGCUCCGCAAGGAAUUUGCCCACUUCCGUGGCUGAUGGAUCCCUGGAAUCUCCUGGAGUCUCCU